GUUUCAAUAAAGCUAAAUCGUUUCUUCACUGCUGCUCAGAAAUCAGAAUUCUCAUAUGGGAAAUAUGACUAAAUCAGCAUGUGACUGACUUUUGGUCUGUAAAAAAAAAAAAACUCAUAGAUAAAGUUUGCACCAUUGUUUAACGUUUUAUGCAACGCAAAGUCAGCUUUUUGAGGUUCCUCUCUCUCUCUCUCUCUCUCUCUCUCUCUCUCUCUCUCUCUCAACUUUGCUUUAUUUUAUUUUAAAAUAAAACGAAGCCAUUUUGAAGUUUCGUUGAUGGGUUCUGUGUUCAACAGAAGAUCCCAAAUGUUUUAACAUAUUUUUUUUCAUCUUGACGAAUCGAGAAAUUCCUGAAGCUCGAUAUGUCUUUCUUAAAGUUCUCCCUUUACCUUGUAAAACGAACACUUGCUUCUUGAUGGGCUAAAUCCAAAACCUAGUCUCUGUCAUCGUCUCCUUCCUUUCUUCUUCUUCUUCUUCGUCAUCCUCGUCUUCUUUUACAUCUGAAACCUGCUUCUCGUACUUUAUCUCGGCGUAUUCGUUUAGAAAAUGGCUUCCCCGAACGAAAGCGACGAGUUUCCCAUUCUUCUUCCAAUCCCAGAAGCAACAUCUCGUGCUCACAACAGAGCUUUCACUUCCACGAAUCGUAGCGUUUCCCUCUCAAACCCAACUCUCUCCACCGACAGAUUCGACAUCUCAAGCGUGCCUUUAGGCUACACAGGUCCUCUUCGAACACAGAGAAGACGACCUCCUUUAGUGCAGAUGAGUGGUCCUCUUUACUCUACACGCAGACCUGAAUCUCACUUCCCUCCCUCUCCUAUUGAAACUCCUGAUUCCUCCUCUACCGUUGAUGUUCCGCCUGAAGAUGAUUACGUCUUGAAAAACGCUAAUCUCUUGAAAUCUGGACAACUAGGGAUGUGUAAUGAUCCUUACUGUACUACUUGUCCUUCUUAUUACAACCGCCAAGCUGCUCAAUUCCACCCUUCCAGAGUUUCUGCCUCCAGGUUCCACACUGCUCUGUAUGAUGAUGCUAGAGGUUGGGCUAAGCGAUUUGCUUCCUCUGUUCGUAGAUGCGUACCUGGCAUCAUGAAUCCUCAUUCAAAAUUCGUUCAAGGCUGGACUAGAUUCUUAGCCUUCUCAACCUUGCUGGCUAUUUUUAUAGAUCCCCUCUUCUUAUUCCUCUUACGAAUCCGAAACGACAACAAAUGCAUAGAGAUUGAUUGGCACAAGACUAAAACAUUUGUGUCUCUCAGAAGUAUAUCUGACCUUAUAUUCUCCAUUAACAUUCUUCUUCAGUUUCGUUUGGCUUACGUAGCUCCUGAGUCUAGAAUAGUUGGUGCAGGCCAAUUAGUUGAUCAUCCAAGAAAAAUCGCUCGCAAUUACAUCCGAGGAAAGUUUUUCCUUGACCUGUUCAUAGUGUUACCUAUUCCACAGAUAAUGAUAUUAUGGAUAAUACCAGCACACUUAGGCACAGCGAGGGCAGAAUCAGAGAAAAACAUUAUACGCACGACAGUUCUUUUCCAAUACAUCCCAAAGCUAUACAGGCUUCUACCACUUCUUGCUGGACAGACACCGACCGGUUUCAUAUUUGAGUCGGCUUGGGCUAAUUUUGUUAUUAAUCUUCUCACCUUCAUGCUUGCUGGUCAUGCUGUUGGGGCUUGCUGGUAUCUUGCAGCACUUCAGAGAGUUAAGAAGUGCCUUCUGAAUGCUGAGAAUGUAUCUGUGGUACAACGUAGAAACCUUAUUGACUGUGCUCGUGGAAGCUAUGAACCGAAGUCGCUACGAGCUAUGUGGAGAGGUAGUGAGAGUGUCAAUGCUUGUUUUCAAGAGAAUGGUUCUACUCAUGGAAUCUAUCUCAAGGCAGUCAAUCUUACCACUCAAUCUGAAUUCUUCACAAGAUACAGCUACUCUCUGUUUUGGGGAUUCCAGCAAAUCAGCACGCUUUGUGGAAACUUAAUACCAACUUACUCAGUGGGGGAGGUUUUCUUUACAAUGGGUAUCAUUGGACUCGGCCUUUUGCUUUUUGCGCGCCUUAUCGGUAAUAUGCACAACUUCCUUCAAGCUCUCGAUCGAAGGAGGAUGGAAAUGAUGCUGAGACGUCGUGAUGUGGAGCAAUGGAUGAGCCAUAGACUUCUGCCAGAAGAUAUAAGAAAGAGGGUGCGAGAGGCUGAGCGGUUUAAUUGGGCUGCUACUAGGGGAGUUAACGAGGAACUACUCUUUGAGAAUAUGCCUGAGGAUCUUCAGAGAGAUAUAAAACGUCAUCUCUUUAAAUUUCUCAAGAAGGUGAGGAUAUUUUCGUUGAUGGAUGAAUCAAUCUUGGAUUCAAUCAGAGAGAGGCUGAAACAGAGGACUUACAUAAGGAGUAGCACGGUUUUGCACCGCAGAGGUCUAGUUGAGAAAAUGGUAUUCAUAGUGAGAGGUGAGAUGGAGAGUAUUGGAGAAGACGGCUCUGUUCUGCCAUUAUCGGAAGGUGACGUUUGUGGUGAAGAGCUUCUCACUUGGUGCCUCGAACGCUCUUCUGUAAACCCCGAUGGGACGAGGAUAAAGAUGCCGCACAAGGGCUUGGUGAGCAACAGAAACGUUAGGUGUGUGACAAACGUGGAGGCGUUUUCGCUGAGUGUAGCAGAUCUUGAAGACGUGACGAGCUUGUUUUCAAGAUUCUUGAGGAGCCAUCGAGUGCAAGGAGCCAUUAGGUACGAGUCUCCUUAUUGGAGGCUACAAGCGGCCAUGCAGAUUCAGGUGGCUUGGAGGUAUAGAAGGAGACGGCUUCAGAGAUUGUACACUGCUCAGUCCAGUCCCAGCCUUUAGAUGUUCUUGAUGAUAUUUGGUUUGGUUAAGUAGGAAUUUACGUAUAAAGCAUUGUGGUUGUUGAAUCUGUAGUUGUAAGAUAUAUAAGAUGGCUUAAUGAUUCAUUCAUUAGUAAUAUGAAAGUUGAAUAAGAUAAUUUGGUUCACGAUUUUAC